CUUCCCAAUCUGCGUUUGACUUGUCGGACGAUGCACCAUCUUGCAACGCCCGAAUUUGGCCGGGUCUGCCUAUCAGGGUGCAGAUCUAUACUCUUCGAGUACAGCUUGCAAGGACUGAUAGCUCUAACUUUGCAUCCCAUCCUUACACCAUGA